AUGUCAAGAAGAAAGCAAACAAAUCCUAAAGCAGUUAAGCGAGUGGCAGCAGAAGAUGUGCCAGAAGAAGAACCAUGUCUCAAAAAACAAGCAACUAAACAGAAUAAUGCGACUGUCGUCGAGAAUUUAAAACAUAGUAAUAGUAAUGAAAGAACGAGAACAGCAAUGAUCGAUAACGAAUGUGAGGAUGAUUUUGAUGAUGAUGAGGGAGAUGAAGAGUUCAAAAUGUUUAACAAUGGUGAAUUAUUAAACAGUAAAUUCAAAUGUGAGUUAUGUGAACAAGCAUUUCACGAUGGCGAAGAAUGGAAUCAUCAUCGAUUGUACGAAUGUCAAUUUAUAACGAGCGAAGUCGGUAGUGAUGAUGCUAAUCCUUUAUUAGAGAGCCAAACUUUAGAUGAUUAUACUAAUCAAGUAGACAAUAUUCCACAUGGGAAUGGUCCUACAGCGGAAUAUCCUUAUCCGUGUACAUUCUGUGAAAAAUCUUAUACAAAUAUGGCGUUGUUGCUCAAACACGAACAGGUACAUGCUGAUUUAAUGCCAUUUCGUUGUACAUAUUGUGGAAAAGGGUUCAAGCAUCGUCGUAGUUUAAAUCGUCAUUCUAAAUUACAUACGGGUGAAAAGAAAUUCAAAUGUUUAUUUUGUGAUUCGAGUUUCGCACGAUCGGACCACUUGAAAGCACAUACUCGCACACAUAAUAAUGAUAAACCGUUUCAAUGCCAUAUUUGUAGUUGCGGCUAUAAUUCACAAGCCGCACUCAAAAUUCAUCUAUCACAUAGUCAUUCAAAACCAAAAUUUAAAUGUUUGAAUUGUUGCAAAGAGUUUGAAUCAAAUGAUGCCUUAGAUGAACAUAUACAUGUAUAUCAUAAAAUUCAACCAACAGAUAAAUCAAAACAAUGUCCUUAUUGUUCACGUGUGUGUUUAGGUAGAGAAGAAAGCUUACGGUAUCAUAUCAAUGAAGAACACGGUUCAAUAACAAGAAAGUCAAAUGAUUGUAAUGACAAUAGUCAAAUUACCGAGAGUCUAACAGAUGACAGAAAAAUUUGUCAGACAACUGACUGUGAUUCAACAUCAUUAUCUACUAUUUGUCCAAAAACUGAACGACAUUCUCCCGUAUUAUUAUCAUCACCACCACCAAUAACAGCAACAUAUCGUGCAGCGAAACCGUCUCAUUUUAACAAACUUCCACCGACAUUGUUCAAUGAUAAUCAUUAUUUAUCAGCAGCAGCAACAUUUGACAAUGAUUCAUUGAGUAGUAAGCUUCUGAAAUCAGUAUCACCAUCAUUAAAUCAUCAUGUAUUAGCCUCACAAAGUUUAAGCGAAAUGUCUGAUACAUAUUGUGGUUUGUGUAAUGCAAAUUUCAAUACACGUGAAAAUUAUCUCGUACAUAUGCGUACUCAUUCUCAACAAAUACCCUCAUUGAAUCAUCGCUUUCCACCACCAUCUAAUUUACGUGAUGAUGGAUUUUAUCAUAUUGUUAAUGAUUUUUCUUUAACUGAACGAACAGUAAUGUGUGAAAAAUGUAACAGAUCAUUUGAUAAUUUUCAAAUCUAUUUACAACAUUAUUCAGCACAACAUUGUUUACAAUUAAUAAAAUGUCUAAUAUGCUAUGAUUUAUUUGAAACAAUGCAACAAUUUUAUAAUCAUAUUGAACAAGUACAUCCAUCAAAAACAAUUGAAUCAUACAAAUGUCGGCUAUGUAAUGCAGUUUAUAAACAAAAAUCCGAUUUUAUAUCACAUGUUAAAACUGUUCAUUAUCAACGUAUUAAACAACAGGAACAACAACAUUUAUUUUUAGAAAAUUGUUCAGAUUGUUCUCGUACAUUUUAUAAUCGUGCCGAAUAUAUUGAACAUAUUAUACUGUUACAUGGAAAUAAUACAAAUGAUAAAACACAAUCUUAUGGUCAAUGUCCGUAUUGUUCUAAUAAAAUACCUAUUGGUUUGCUUGAUUAUCAUAUUGGACAUGUUCAUAAUAUAAUAGCUAACAAGAACGAGAAUGGAACCAGUAAUGGUCAUUGUUCACUAACAUUGAAUGAACAAAACACAAAUAAUAAUAAAAUACAUAAAUCAUUAAUUAAUAAACCAGUUGUUUAUUCAACAUCAACAAGAAAAUCCUCGAUAACAAAUUGUCAACAGUUGACACCAUCCUUUAAUUCGAUAACAAAUUUUUCUUGUCAAAUAUGUGAUUUAAAAUUUAAUAAUGAAUUAUUACUAAACGAACAUAAACGUGUAGAACAUAUUAUUCGUACGUCAACGCCAAUAUCAAUGGAUAAUUGUACAGAUUCAUCUGCUACUCACUCACCAACAUCUUCAUUUAAAUGUUUCUAUUGUGGUAAUUUAUUUACAUCUAAAACUCAAUUAGAACGUCAUACACGAAUUCAUGUUUCAUCAAAUAAUUUACGAUGUAAUAUAUGUGAUCGUUCAUUUACCACGGUUGAAAUAUUAUCUGAACAUAAAUUAACUCAUUGUAAAUCUACCACUACAAAUAUUUGUGUCUACUGUAAUCAAAUAAUAUUAAAUGAAAAUGAUUAUAAACAACAUUUAUAUGAACAUAAUAGUAAAUCACCACUUACCAUAUCAUCUCUGUUUGAUGAUUCAAAUUCAACUACGUUAACAACAAUUCAUUGUGUGAUUUGUAAACAAAGUUUAAUGAAUAAACAUGAAAUUAAUUUACAUAUUCAUUUUCAUUUAGCAAAAUUAAUGACUACUUUGAAUUAUCAUCAAGUAUCUUAUAUAUGUGAGCAAUGUCAAUAUUCUUCGAAUAACAAUGAUAAUUUUAUAAUUGAAUUGAAAAAAUAUCGAUUAAUAUGUUAUCGAUGUCUUGAACGAAAUGAUAAUAAAACACAAGAAAGUACAAUUUCAAAAUCUAAAGUAACAAACGAUUAUUUUGAAGCUUUAAAAUGUCUAAAAUGUGAUAAUAUCGAAUUUGAUUCUUUGAAAACAUUUCAACAACAUAUUGAAACUGUUCAUUCUGAUUCUUUUAAUAAUUAUGAAUAUUAUUGUAUGAAAUGUAAUAAAUUGUUUGAAAAUUUUGAUGUUAUUUCUCGACAUAUGUCAACUAUUCAUGAAAAAUUAUCACCAAGUGGAUUUUUAACUGAUACAACAACAAUGAUUAAAAUAAAUGAACAGAAACAUCGUUGUUAUUUAUGUUCAAAAAAUUUUCAUACAACUGUUAAAUUACAAAUUCAUUUAAUUGAGCAUGAAUAUCCAAAUCGUGAUUUUCUAUGUACACUAUGUCAACAAUUAAUGGCCGAUUCUCAACAUUUAUACAAUCAUAUGAUACAGCAUGGUGAACGUGCAAAAUUAUAUCCAUGUCAACAAUGUGAUAUAUGUUUUAUGUUCAAAGCACAAUUAAUUAACCAUACAUUUACACAUAGAGAUGAACAUCAACAAUUAUCAUCAUUAAUGAAAUUAUCCAAUGAUAAAAUUGAAAAUACGGGUGUAAUUCAUGAAUGUGGAAUUAAGCCAAAAUGGAAUGGUCAUUCAACACCAAUGAAUAAAUUGUAUGAAAAAACAGUAAAAAAUAUGGAUAGACAAAAAAUUAUUUGUGAAAAUAAUAUAGAACAACUUUCCGGAUCUUUUGAUAAAAAAAUAACACAAGAAAAACAAAAUCUAUCAGAAGAAAUAUCAAAUGAUCAAUGUAAACGAUGUGAAUUAAUAUUUCAAAAUAAACAGGAAUAUUGGACACAUAUGUUCUCUGUUCAUUGUAUUGAUUUGUAUCAAACUAAUUCGAAAUCUGUCAUUGUUGCUUAA